UUCAUAGGUUUGCUUGACCGGAUGAAGGAUGGUGAAUCCGUAGUUGUUGCUGAGGGAUACAUUUUUGAAUUUGAAAGAAGAGGAUAUUUAAAAGCUGGUAGUUUUGUUCCGGAAGUAGUUCUUGAUCAUCCAGAAUUGGUCAAGUCUUUGCACGAGGAGUUUGUUCAUGCAGGGAGUGAUGUAGUUUUAGCAUUUACCUACUAUGGUCACAGAGAGAAAUUGCGGCUAAUAGGGCGCGAAAACGAACUAGAGAGGAUAAACAUGGAGGCUCUUCGCAUAGCAAGGGAAGUCGCUGAUCAAACGGAUACAUUGAUGGCUGGCAACUUGUGUAAUUCAACGAUUUAUAAAGACGACUCAGAUGCCGAUGAAAUAAAACAAGUGAAAGCAAUGUUUAAGGAGCAAGUUGAAUGGGCGGUGAAGGGACAUGCGGAUUUUAUAGUUGGAGAAACGUUCUCGAGCUUUGGAGAGGCCAUGCUCUGUCUCGAAACCAUCAAACAGUAUGGAAAUGGUUUACCUGCCGUAAUAACUUUACAACCUGUGAAAACAAUGUAUACUGUUGAUAAUAUUCCUAUUGGAGAAGCUGCACGCAAAUUGGAAGAUGCAGGUGCAGAUAUUGUAGGGCUGAAUUGUGGACGAGGUCCCACCACGAUAGUUGAAGUCAUAAAAGAAGUGCGAGAAAAAUGCAAGGGACCAAUUGCCUGUUUACCAGUAACCUACAGAACAACAACAGAGCAACCAUCAUUUUUCUCUCUAACAGUACCAGGAACAGAUGUAAAGGCUUUUCCACUUAACCUCAUGUCUUGUCAAUCAACUAGAUACGAAAUAGAGGAGUUUGCUAAAGAAAUGAAGAAGCUUGGUGUAAAAUAUAUUGGUCUUUGUUGUGGUGGAACUUCAAAUUAUCUUCGUAUUAUAGCUGAUGUUUAUGGAAAAGAAUUUGGAGCAAAAAAAUAUGCCCCAGAAAUGCAUAAACAUUUUAUGUAUGGAGACAAAACUAAGUUUCCAGAAUAUUUUACGACAGAAAUUCACAAGAAGAUUUAAACCGGUCAUAAGGUUUUUAGUACACAGACAUCAAUAAGACUGUGGUUUCGUUACUGAGUUAUUUGAAAUUGAGAUGUUUUGGGUGUUUAAUCUUUUUAUUUAAUUUUUGUGAUUUUGAAAUCUGGAAAUACAUUAAAAAAACUUCAGAAAGA